AUGGCGACCCAGCUGGCGCCCAUGAUCUCUGCGCCGCUGAAGCAGACAAACGAGAUCGACUGGAUCAGCCCUCUGAAGAGCUAUAUCCGGGCUACAUACGGCGACGACCCCGAACGGUACUCGGAAGAAUGCGCGACCCUGCACCGGCUGCGACAGGAUAUGCGAGGCGCGGGGAAGGACAGUGCGGCUGGGAGAGACCUGCUGUAUCGCUACUAUGGACAACUGGAAUUGCUUGAUCUACGGUUUCCGAUCGACGAGAAUCACAUCAAGAUAUCAUUCACCUGGUUCGACGCCUUCACCCACAAACCGACCUCGCAGUACUCGCUGGCAUACGAGAAAGCUUCCAUAAUCUUCAACAUCUCCGCUGUCCUCUCCUGUAACGCGGCACACCAGAACCGCCACGAGGACGCCGGGCUCAAGACGGCAUACCACUCCUUCCAGGCCUCGGCAGGAAUGUUCACUUAUAUCAAUGAGAACUUCCUGCAUGCGCCCUCAAUGGACUUGAGCAGAGAAACCGUGAAGACGUUAAUAGCGAUAAUGCUAGCACAGGGCCAGGAGGUAUUCCUCGAGAAGCAGAUAGCGGAUGGGAAGAAGGUUGGAUUGUUGGCAAAGCUGUCAAGUCAGGCUGCGUUCCUAUAUACCCAAGCUACGGAAGGUGUGCAAGAGAACGUGACAAAGGCGAUAUUCGAGAAGGUCUGGCUGCUGGUCUGUCAGAUCAAAGCCAACUACAUGGCUUCCCUCGCACAGUACUACCAAGCUCUAGCUGACAACGAUGCCAAUUCUCACGGUGUAGCAAUUUGCCGACUUCAACUCGCCGAGGUUCACGCACGAGACGCAAAUCGAAUAGCAAAUGCGUUCCCAUCGACCGUCCCGACGAACUCCUACCUGGCGGCCGAUACUGGCCCUGUCCUCGCUGAUAUGACUAAACGCCAUCUGGCCAACAUUCAAGAGAGGCUCGUGGAAUUCCAGAAGGAUAACGACUUCAUUUACCACCAGGGUGUGCCGAACGAAGCAUCUCUGACCGCAAUACCAAAGCUUCCAGCAGCCAAAGCGAUACCUGUCAGUGAACUAUACCAAGGACAGGAUAUCCAAAGAAUCAUUGGUCCCGAUAUUUUCCAGAAGAUUGUACCCAUGGCUGUCACCGAAUCAGCAAGCUUGUACGAUGAAGAGAAAGCGAAGUUGAUUCGAGCCGAAAGCGAGAGGGUUGAGAUCGCAAAUGACGAAAUGGCAGCGAGCCUGGACUACCUCAAACUACCGGAUAGUCUUAAUAUAUUGAAAGGAGGAAUGGACCAGGAAAUGAUGGUUGACGAUGACUUCCGCAAGUGGUGUGAGGAGUUGGCAGGACAUGCGCCGUUCACCGCAGCAUUCAACCAGCUAAACACGGAUAAGUCAGAAAUUUCGUCCAUGCUGGAUGCUAGCAUGAAACAGUUGGAUAUGGAGGAGAGCGUGUGCGAAAAAAUGAGGUCAAAGUAUGGGGUGGACUGGACACAGCAGCCUAGUUCACGCCUCACGGCUACGCUACGCAGUGAUAUUCGGAAUUACAGAGGAGCUAUUGAAGAGGCGGGCACGAGCGAUGCCCAGCUUUACAGUACCUUCCGGCAAUUCGAGUCUGAUUUCGAUGAGAUGAGGUCGGCCGGUGAGACGGAUGAAGCCGAUGUCUUGUAUCAGAGGGCGAUGAUAAAAGCUGGUGCUACUAAAGGAAAGAGUCCGCGACCGGCGGAGGGAAACCUUCUAGAUGAAGAUUUCAUCGAUGGGCCAACGGUAGCGGAGCAGAUCUCGAAUGUUGAGGAGCUGUUGAGGAAACUGAACCUAAUCAAAAGGGAGAGAGCGCAGGUCCUGAAAGACCUCAAGGAGAAGGUUCACUCCGACGACAUCUCCAACGUCCUCAUACUUAACAAAAAAGCCAUCGCCAACCAAGAAUCCCAACUCUUCAAAGCCGAACUCGAGAAAUUCCGUCCACACCAAAACCGCAUUCUCCAAGCCAACCACAAGCAAGCCUCCCUGCUCAAAGAACUCACCCGCACCUACUCAGACCUCCUGAAAGACAAACGUGUCCGCUCUGAGCAGAAUAAAUACGAAGCAUUUUCCCGACAGCGGAACUCUGUCAUGACACGGUAUCGCAGGGUGUACCAGUCUUUCAAUGAUUUGAUUGCAGGAUUAAUGCGUGCUCAAGGCUUCUAUUCCGAGAUGAAAGAGACGGUAUCGAGUUUACAUAAGAACGUGGAUACAUUCGUCAACAACCGGCGCUCGGAGGGUGGACAACUGCUCACUAAAAUCGAACAAAAUAAGUCCCAAGGCGCGGACCAUGAACAACAGCGACUGAAAGACCUGAUGGAACGCAUGUCGAUGGAGCCGAGACCCUCAGGGUCACCGGUAUCUUCGGGUGGUGGUGGUGUAGUGACGGCUGCAGGUAAGAAGCAAAACCGUCCUCCGCCGCUGUCAAGCUCAAGUAUGGUGGGUUCGGGAGGAAGUGGGCAGAUGCAAUAUAACCCUGCGGCUUCACCACCCGUGACGCCGAGGUAUCCGAUGACGACGGGAGGAGGGCAGGCGCAGGGAGGGCAGCAGCAGCAGUAUAUGAGUCCGCAACAAAGCUUUAAGGCGGCAAACGGGUUUCAAUCACACCCUUCCCUCCAACAGCAGCAACCACCCCGCCGAGACUCCUACAACCAAACCCCCAGCCAAAUCCAAGCACAAAACCAACCCUACAACCCCAACCAAUACGGCCCGGUCUCUCCUCCCGCUCACCAACAAUUCUUCUCCCCACCCCCUAACCAACCCCAUCAGCCGCAACCAUGGGGUCAGUCAUACCAGUCUUCGACACCACAGCCCCAAGCCUAUGCGGGAUUACCGCAGGGUUAUGUGCCCCCGCCGCCGCCGCCUGGGCCCCCGCCGCAGCAGGUCGAUUAUAGCCAGUUUGUGGGGAGUUAUCCGAGUGGGCCGGGCGGGUAUGCGAGUGUGCAGCGGGGGAGUCAUCAUGGGGUGCAAGGAGGUGGACAAGGAGGAGGAGGAGGGGAUCCAUGGGCGGGGUUGAGUGGGUGGAGGUGA